ACCGCAAACAAAACCAAUGGACAUCGCAAAAGUCAACUCCUCUGUGCUUUUCUUAAAUCCGUACUAAGAAAAAACCAGUUUAUAUUGGACGAGAAAUUGAGAAUAUAAUCUGAUUUAAGGGGUUGGAGCUUUAGAUUUGUUUGGUUGGUUGGUUGGUUUGUUUGCUUGUUUUUUUUCAAUGGGUAAUCGAAUUGGGAAAAUGGGUCGGUGCUGUGGUGUCACCGGAGAAAUUUCCCGGCGGCAUGAGUGGAUUGUGGAGGACGCGCUCUAUGAGGACUUGGGACACUCUUUCUGCUACAUUAGACCGGAGCCGGCUCCGAUUCGUCUAUCAUCUUCCAAAGUGUACUCACUUAACGACUCCGUCUCCCGCUCCGCGGUAAUUUCCAAAACCGUGACGUUUGGUGUCAUCUCCGGCGCGUCCGUCAGCGCCAAUGUUUCAACAGCUCCGUCAGGUGUCCUCACGGAUUACUACCCGCAAAGUGCCACGUUCGAGGGCACUGAUUGCUUCGCUUCUCUUCCCCUGCAGCCGGUCCCUCGCUCUGAGUCGGGGACUCUGCCGCGAUCUGGUCCGAUUGAGCGUGGAUUCAUGUCAGGUCCCAUUGAGCGCGGCUUCUUAUCGGGUCCCCUGUUUUCGGGUACAUUGGAGAAAGAGGAGGAGAAGUUGCAGAGGAGCUUGUCUCAGAGUAGUUCAGAUAUCGCCGAUGUUAAACCUCUGAGAAAGAGUUUAACUUUAAUCAAGAGUUUCAAGAGGGCAAUAUCAAACAAGAUUAAAGGUUUUGUUUCAGACAACGAUGAUAUCGAUCUGAGUAGCACCGGAAGCUUGAACGACGACGAUAAUGAUCUUCCCGGCGUUGAUAAAAAUGUUGAUGACGGUGAUUUUUUUGUUAAGAGUCAGAAUCUGCAAUGGGCACAAGGGAAGGCAGGGGAGGAUCGGACCCAUAUCGUGGUUUCUGAGGAAGAUGGAUGGGCUUUUGUUGGGAUUUACGACGGAUUCAACGGCCCCGACGCGCCUGAUCAUCUGGUUAGCAAUCUUUAUAAUGCGGUCCACCGCGAGCUUGAGGGGUUGUUAUGGAAGAACAAUUUUGAAUCAAACGUCGUUUUAGAUUCCAAUAAAGAAAACUGUCCAUUGGGAAAUGGGGUUUUGGAUUCAAAACCAACAUGGAAGAGAAACCAUGGAAAGAACGUGAAGAGAUGGAGGUGGGAAUGGUAUAAGGAAUCAAAUUCAGGAGAAAGUGUCAACCAUUCCGACGUUCUGAGGGCGCUUUCAGAGGCACUAGGGAAAACAGAGGAGGCAUACUUGGCGAUGGUGAAGGAGAACCCAGAGCUGGCUUUGAUGGGUUCAUGUGUUCUGGUGACUGUAAUGAAAGGAGACGAUGUGUACCUAAUGAACGUUGGAGACAGUCGAGCCGUCCUGGCACGGAAAGCCGAGGCCAAAGCUCUGCACCCGAUGGAGCUGUUUCCCAACCUGACAUCCCUCCAGCUGACUACGGAUCACAGCACUUACACAGAAGAGGAAGUGGAGAGAAUUAGAAAAGAACAUCCAGACGAUGAUUCUGCCGUAGUGAAUGACAGAGUCAAAGGUUAUCUGAAGGUAACUCGGGCAUUCGGGGCAGGUUUUCUCAAACAGCCAGAGUUGAAUGAUGCAGUGUUAGAGAUGUUCAGGAUCAAUUACGUCGGAAAAUCUCCAUACAUUACUUGCUUUCCAUCACUCUAUCAUUACAAAUUAAGCACUAAAGACAGAUACUUGAUCCUCUCUUCCGACGGACUCUACCAGUACUUCACCAGUGAGGAAGUGGUGGCUGAAGUUGAGUUCUUUCUUGCUUCCUUUCCCGAAGGGGAUCCUGCCCAACACUUGAUUGAAGAAGUACUUUUCCGAGCAGCUAAGAAAGCGGGUAUAGACUUCCAUGAGUUGCUUGAUAUCCCGCAAGGAGAUCGCCGGCGGUACCAUGACGACGUUUCUGUCAUCAUUAUUUCUUUAGAAGGAAGAAUUUGGCGAUCAUCUGUAUAGACAAUGUACAAUCCAGUAAAAAACAAAAAAAACAAAAAAAUCUAGAAAAAAAAAGUUUUUUUUUUCUUUCAAUUUUUCAUAAUUAAUUUCUCAUAUACAUGCCAUAAUUUCAUGGGUAAACUCUGGAUGAGAAGUUUUAUAAAUGUUUCCCCUUUCUUUUCUUGGAUUUUUUUUUAUACAUCAAAAAUAAAUUCUUAAUUUACAA